GUGAUCCAGUGACGUCAUAAUCAGGCGCCUACAGCUGCAGUGACCUUCUGUGCGACCGCCACUCACUCAUCGUUGGUGUCCUGCAGCGGACAGCGGCAUUCAUUCACCUGAGCGAUUUUAUUCACAAAGACUGAAACGUACAGCUGACUAUGGGAGACGUAGAAAAAGGAAAGAAGGUUUUCGUGCAGAAGUGUGCCCAGUGCCACACAGUGGAGGAAGGGGGCAAACACAAGGUGGGGCCCAACCUCUGGGGUCUGUUUGGACGCAAGACGGGCCAGGCUCCGGGCUUUUCCUACACAGAUGCCAACAAGAGUAAAGGUAUCGUGUGGGGUGAAGACACCUUGAUGGUGUACCUGGAGAACCCCAAGAAGUAUAUUCCUGGAACCAAAAUGAUCUUUGCUGGCAUCAAGAAGAAGGGAGAACGCCAGGACCUGAUUGCUUAUCUCAAAUCAGCCACAUCAUGAAGUCCACGUGCACGUCCUCCUAUUUAAAGGCAUUUUAUUGUUUUCCAUGUUAUUUGGAAAGAUGCUUGAUGAAGAUACAAGUGUCUUAACAUCAUCUAUAAUUCAUAUUCCUCAUUUCUCAACAUGAAGCUGUGUAAGGUUCCUGAUUUGUUUAGAUAGAUUGAUCCCGUUAUCACUAAAGCAGCCCUUCAGACGUCCACAAUUUUUCAAUAUGAUUGACAGUAAACACUGCGAUAUGAAGAAAGACGUGUUUGAUGGAUGAAGCUUUUACUUACCUGGUUUCACAGGCUGGAAAGAGUCUUUUAACUUAUUUUACUGUCGUGUAAUAUUUACAAUGAAUACUGUAUGCACUUGGAAGUCAACUUCUACUGUGUUGACAACACGACUGAAGGAUUAUUAAACACAAGAAUGUCUACUCUU